AUGUCUGUUUAUAUACAUAAAGCUUAUAUAACCAAGAAUCAAUGUGAGGGAGAUCACAAUUACUUUUAUCAUGAAGGUUAAAUCAAACAGGAAUAAUAAAAGUUAAUAUAAAAAACUCAAGAGGAUAAUUCUCAAAUUGAUAUAUUGUAACAGACUAUCGCCAAACAAUAAUAAAUUAUUAAUCAACUUGAACUACAAAAUUCAUCUUAUAAUUAAACAAUAGGAAAAUAAGAACUAUAAAUUUAAUCCCUUUUGAAUAAAUUACAAUAAUAAGAAAAAUAGAAAGAAACCUAAAAUUUAGAGUUGAUUGAUGAAAUUAAUAAAUUAAAAGCCAUUCUAAGAGAUUAAUAAAUAAAUGAUUAGCCAAUUAAAUUGCCUGAGUAUUAAGAAGUUGUUAUUUAAACUGAAGAACAAUAAAAUGAACUCAUCUUAAUAAAUUAAUCUCAAUAAGUUGAAAUUGUAUAUUAAAACUAACAGACUCAAACAGAUACUAUUCCUGUUGAAACCAUUGUCUCCAAAGAAUCACCAUAAAAAACUUAACCAUUAAAAUUAGAUGUCAAAACCAUUAGAAUUUAACCAAUUUAUUAUUACUAAACCUGA